AUGGGUCCAGAGGAAGAAAAUAUCAUCAAUGUGAAGAUCUCGACCCACGGGAGGGGUCUCUCGGUUCCGCGAUCAGUCAAAAAACACGAGCAAUUCAGAUUGGUUCUGCAAGAUUUCACACUAUUGUCACGGCCGGGCACAGAUUGUCCAACAACACGAAGGUACAGUGUUUUACCAUUUGGGUUAUUUAAACGCAUUGGAGUUCCAGGCCCAAGGCCACUGCCAUUCAUUGGAACAUUUCUACAUUAUAGAAAGGGUAUGUUUCGAUUUGACACGGAAUGCUACCAGAAAUAUGGAAAGAUAUGGGGGAUUUAUGAUGGGCGGUUACCCAUUCUCUCAAUCUUGGAUCUUGACCUCAUUAAAACCAUCUUUGUAAAAGAAUGCUACACUUUGUUCACCAAUAGGCGGGACUUUGGUCUGAAUGGACCAUUGACUGAGUCCAUCCUGGUGAUCGAAGAUGACCAUUGGAAGAGAAUCCGAAGUGUGCUUUCACCAACUUUCACCAGCGGGAGACUGAAAGAGAUGUGUCCAAUCAUCAGUCACUAUGCAGAAAAUCUUGUAAAGAAUGCAAAAAAGAAAGCAAAGCUGAAUGAAUCUGCUGACAUGAAAGAUUUCUUUGGAGCAUACAGUAUGGAUGUGAUUACCAGCACUGCAUUCAGUGUGGAUGUCGACUCGAUCAGCAAUCCAAAUGACCCAUUUGUAAAAAAUGUCAAAGAAUUAAUAAAAUUCAGCCUCUUUGAUCUCAGCAUUAUCUUUUCUGUUAUCUUUCCUUCCAUUAUUCCGAUCCUGGAAAAAAUGGGUGUCAGCUUCUUCCCAAAAGAUGCAAGCGACUUUUUCAUGAAAGUCAUAACAGAUUUGAAGGCAAAGCGACAAAAAGAAGUGCACACUGAUCGAGUCGAUUUUCUGCAGCUGAUGGUUGAUUCUCAGGUGACCAAGAAGCAGAACGCUGACAGCAAGUUGACAGACAAAGCUCUGACUGACACAGAGAUUUUGGCGCAGGCUUUGACCUUCAUCUUUGCUGGGUACGAAACCAGUGGUACUACAUUAGCAUUUGCUGCAUAUAAUCUGGCGAUAUACCCCGAUGUACAGAAGAAAUUGCAGCAGGAAAUAGAUGAGACUUUCUCUAACAAGGCUCCUGCCACAUACGAUGGAGUGAUGCAGUUGGAAUAUAUGGACAUGGUGAUAUCUGAAACCCUACGAAUGUUCCCCCCUGUCCCCCGACUUGACAGAGUGUGCAAGAAAGAUGUCCAGCUCAAUGGGAUAACUAUUCCAAAGGGGACUAUCGUCAUGGUUCCUUCCUACGUCCUGCACCGUGAUCCAGACUACUGGCAGGAGCCUGAAGAGUUUAGACCUGAAAGAUUCAGUGAAGAGAAUAAGGAGUCUCGGGAUCCUUACACCUUCCUACCAUUUGGAGUGGGCCCUCGGAAUUGCAUUGGGAUGCGAUUUGCUCAACUGGCAAUGAAGAUGGCACUCACUUCUGUCUUACAACACGUGACCAUUGUGCCUUGUGAAGAGACAAUGAUUCCAUUAGAACUAGAUGUGACUGGAAUCAUGCAGUCUAAAAAGCCGAUAAUCCUGAAAUUUGUGCCACGGUUGAAUGCUGAUGCAAAGGAUUAAACAACUUGCCUGACGAUGCUGACUCUUUUUAAAGGAUUAUCUUCACCUGUGUUUUUUUAAGAGGUUGUAAAGCAGAGGCACCAAGUAGUCCAUCAGAACCACUGGAGUCAGCAGCUUGUGAGGCCUUGGGAUUUUUAAACUGUCUGAAUGGGUGUGGCUAUCUCGUAGGGAUCAGGAUUUCUGAGUUUUGUUUUCUUCAGCAUUCAGAAGCUAUUUGGGGUCUCAAAAGAUUUGGAAGCUUCACUGAAUGUCUUUUGGCUGCUACACUCCCUAAAUUUUCUCUUGAUGUUUCUUACUCCUGGAUUGGAGAACUGCAUGUAAGAAUCUGUGUCUGAAUUGCCUUUUUGCCAAGGGGUUUAUUUAUGUGAUGAUAAUGUAUUGGAACAGUUAGUCCUAGGUACUUAAUCUUUUAUUUGUUUAAGUUUUCCAAUGGUUAACUUUUUCUAAAUUCCUCUCCCUUUUGUUUGUACUUUAACUAUAGUGUUUUAAUAAAUGGUGUUUUGCUUAACGUCAA